AUGGAGAGAAACAAAACAUAUAGACAGAUUCGUAAGUUCAUUGGUCAUUACAUGGAGAGAUACAAAACAAAUAGACAGAGUCGUAAGUUCAUUGGUUAUUACAUGGAGAGAAACAAAACAUAUAGACAGAUUCGUAAGUUCAUUAGCUAUUACAUGGAGAGAAACAAAACAUACAGACAGAUUCGGCACAACUUUUCUGGAAAAGACACAAAGGAAGAUAUAAUGAAAGAACAAACUCGACAUGACUUAUCUAAAAAAGAUCCGAAAAAGCGUUUGGUAAAAGUUUCAGACACUGCAUCACAUGACAAUUUCGUUCUAAUUGUCGGUUAUUUCCGUGGAGGCUCGACUAUGACGCUAGAUGUACUGAGUACCGCUGAAAACAAUUUUCAUGUAUUUGAACCAAUCAAUUUCCUAUCAUUUGAUACCUAUGAAAAUACUGCAAUUACAUUUUUAAAUGGAUCUUCAAGAUUGCUUGAUAAAACUACUGAACUACCAACAGUGCAAGCAGAAAUGCUAGCUAAUUGGUUUAAUUGUAGAUUAUCUGAUAUCAAUUUAAGUGAUCUAAGAAGUUCUAAUUUGCAAUAUCAUUCUCGUUCGACACAAGAGUAUUAUCAAUGUCAGCGAAGGUCAAACAUCUCGUCCUGUAUUAGACGCUUAGUAGAAGUCUGUAAACAAAUGAAGAACAAAAUAUUAAAAGUAGUUAGAUUGCGAAUGGAAACUAUAGAACUUCUUUUGAAACGUUUACCGAACCUCAAAAUAAUACAUUUAGUCAGAGACCCUAGAGGAAUACUUAACUCCCUAAUGAGGUCAAAAUUAAUAGGUGUUAACGAUUUUGAAUCUAAAGCGUCAGACAUUUGUAAUGCUAUAUUAUCAGAUAUAAAAUCUACUACAAGACUUAAAACUUUGUAUCCAAAUACGAUAUUCCUGUUGAAAUAUGAAGCCCUUGUAAAGAACCCAACGGCGAUCUUUAAGAGAAUAUUUAACUUCACAAAACUCAAUUAUUCACAGAAAGUAGAAAUGUUUAUACAAAGUCAUCUUUUAGGCCAUUCGUCCAGAGGCAACAAUGCAUUUUUAACAAAAUCUGGAAAUGGUAAUAUGAUAGCAAGCAACUGGAGAAAGACUAUACAACCUGAUGAAGUUGUAGAAAUAAAUAAGUUGUGUCGCACAGUAUUCGAGACAUUAGGAUACCAAGAAGUCAGCCACAAGACAUUACAAGAUGGGAAUGAAUCACUCCAACGUGUUCCAUUCUUAAAACAUAUAUUUGAUGAAUAUUGAUACCAGUGAUAUUUAGAAAUGUGAUUUGACAACAGUUCAUUAGAUUUACACCAUCAUAUCUAAAUGAGUGUUUGAUAUACCUCGGAGAACUGCAACUUUUGAAGACCAAAGAAUGCAUAAAGACAAAAGUAGUAUACCGCUGUUCAAUAGCCAUAAAGUGGAAAUGGACAGAUUUUGGAGUAGACUAAAUGUUUGAGUUGUUCAAUAUUUUAUCAUAAGCUAACACUUUACAAUUAUAGCACUUCAACCACGAAUACGUUCGUGUAAACCCAUUCAUAUUCUCUUAUCCUCGAUUGUAGCUUUACUAAAUGAGACUCAAUUUGUAAUUGACACGAACAACGCGAGGGAUGCCACAUGUGAAAGAAAGAAUAUGCUUGCCAUUCACGAGCAUCUGAGAUACGACCCUGGGUAUUUUGGUACAAUGCUUUUUUUCGUCACUCCCUGUUGUUUGUUAUUGCUAUAUAAGUUGUUUUUCGACUUGUAAGUUUUUAGAUUCCCUUUGAUAUCUUCCAUCUCUUUCUUUAAGGCAAAUGCAUGUUUUAUUACCGCGAAUAUAUUGAUAAAGG